GGGGGGCCUCCCACAAUGCCCCGCGGCCCCUCCCCCACCCGCCCUUCAGCGCUCGUCUCCAUGGAGACAGAGACCCCCGGCGCCAUCGAGGUGGAGGUGAAGUUCGCCGUGGGGCCGGGGCUGGAGGCGGCGCUGUCGGCUCUGGGCGCCGUGGGGCUGCCCCACAUCCCCCCCUUCCGCGACUGCUACUUCGAUGGGGCCGGAGCCCCCCUGGGCCGCGCCGACCUCUGGCUGCGGCACCGCCAGGGCCAGGGCUGGCAGCUCAAGCUGCCCCAUAGCGCCCCACGGCUGCCCCAUAGCGACCCACAGCUGCCCCAUAGCGAACCACGGCCGCCCCAUAGCGACCCACAGCCCUAUAGCGACCGACAGCCGCCCCAUAGCGAGCAACGGGGGAGUCAGCAGGAGCCACGUCAGCCCCACAGCGAGGAAGAGCCGCCCACAGCGACCCACGGCUGCCCCAUAGCGACCCACGGCUGCCCCAUAGCGACCCACGGCCUCCCCAUAGCGCCAUUGAGGCCCCCAGACUGCCCCAUAGUGCCUCUGAAUCACUGCAUAGUGCCCCCAAACUGCCCCACAGCCCCACUGAGACCCCCAAUCUGCCCCAUAGCACCUCCAAUCUGCCCCAUAACCCCUCCAAACUGCCCCAUAGCGCCUCCAGUCUGCCCCAUAACCCCCUGAAACUGCCCCAUAGCCCCACUGAGACCCCCAAACUGACCCAUAGCCCCACUGACACCCUCAAACUGACCC